AGAGGAACCUUUUUGAAGGCAGCAAUUUGGUUGAGAUGCUCUUGGGCGUGUGAGAAACACCGAAACGACAAUCGCCAAACAUGUCGUCUUUCUUUACCAUACCUGGUGCCCAGAAAAAGCGGAAGAGAGCGUCAAUUACCGAUGGCCCAAAGAAGCGCGUAGCCACGCCCAGAUUCGCCGGCAAAGGUUCUUCAAGAACGGCCAAACCAGCGAGCGCAGCACCGGCCUCGAAGGGACAGACCGACGACGACGAGUCAAUAUCCGGGAGUGGAUCCGAGAGCGAAGACGUUGUAGAGGAAGAAGCUCCUGAAGAUUCUGAUUCUGACUCGGAAAAUGAAGGAGAAACUGCCGCAGAGAAGCGCUUGCGACUUGCUGAGCGCUAUCUCGACAACAUCCGACAGGAAGUCGACGAGACAGGAUUCGAUGCGGUGGACAUCGACCGAGACAUUAUCGCAGAACGUUUACGCGAAGAUGUUGCCGAAUCCAAGGGCAAAGUCUACCGGAAACUUGCCGAUACCCUGGAUUUCGAACGAGCAUCUCACACACUUUUUCGGAGUAAUAAUUGCAGCACUACGUCCGUUGCCACAUGUGCCCCUUACGCAUAUACUGUCACUAAGGACCGCUGCCUCAUAAAAUGGAAGCUUCAAGACCUGCCGCAAUACCAAUGGCCGCAAACCACAAAGAAGAAGCCGAAGAAGCCACCAGCUCCUCCGAAACGACAGCCAGAAAAGGUUGUCAUAGUGAAGGGCAACAGGAGCAAGGCCAAAGACAAGAACUACCAGGGACACGUAGACGAAAUUCUCUCUGUUGCAGCAUCCCAAGACGGCAAAUUCGUGGUCACUGCUGGCGCGGAUAGGCGUUUAAUCGUCCAUGACGCAAAGACGCUGAAGCCAGUGAAGAUGUUCGCCAAUGGCCCCAACAACCAUCGUGAUGCCGUGACGGGACUUGCUUUCCGGAGGGGGACAAACCAACUAUAUUCAGCAUCCAAAGACAGAACCGUCAAAGUAUGGAGCCUUGACGAGGGGGCCUAUGUCGAAACGCUGUUUGGACAUCAGGACCAGGUAGUGGACGUAGACGCUCUCACGCAGGAGCGAUGUAUCAGUGUGGGCUCUCGUGACCGCACGGCACGUCUAUGGAAAGUGGCCGAGGAGACCCAGCUGGUCUUCCGCGGAGGCACAGUCGAUAAGAAACACAAGCCAGACUUGGAUCCAAGAUCCAUGGCCCAUGAGGGCAGCAUGGACCGCAUCGCCAUGAUUGACGAGGAGCUAUUCGUGACAGGCAGCGACAAUGGAUCAAUCGCUCUGUGGUCAAUACAGAAGAAGAAACCGCUUUUCGUUCUGCCUCGCGCCCAUGGAUUAGAUCCACCAUUACCUCCCACCCAAGCCUCCGCCGAACAGGUCCCAGACCCCAAGGUAGUGCCACCGCCGCAGCCGCGAUGGAUCACCGCUCUUUGUACGGUGCCAUACUCCGAUGUGAUUCUGAGCGGCAGCUGGGACGGGCACGUCCGAGUUUGGAAACUCAGCGAUGACAAGAGGAAGAUUGAGCCUGCCGGCAUGCUCGGCGAGCCAUUACUCCCGCAUGAAUUGGAGUCUACGGAUGUGGUAAUGGCGGAUGCCGAUGCAGAUGACGAGCCGAAGGUCAACGGCAAAGUGACCGAGAGUCAGGCAUCUUGGUCAGUCAAGGGCGUUGUGAACGAUAUCUCGUUGUUUGAGAGGGGUGAUAGGGGUAAAGACGGUCUUUGCGUGGUGAUUGGUGUGGGCAAGGAGCACCGGCUGGGUCGCUGGUUGAAGGUGGCCGGUGGACGAAACGGUGCGGUUGUAUUUGAGGUUCCUAAAUUAGAGCCGGGCCGUAUAGGAGCAGAAGAUGAGGCAAAGAUAUAGACGGGCUUAGUUGGGAUGUUGCAUGACUGAACCUGAUACCACUACUCAAUCUCAAUAGCCAUAUAUGGUGGCUUCUGUUCAAACUAGAUCAUCUAUUACAAAACGGCUGUGGACCGGGGCAAUUCCUGUCUUCGCAC